AUGACUGACAAACUCCUAAGGCAAAAGAGGACGCUGUUCAUCUAGUCAGUGGGCACAGGUACAAUAAAUGCCUUGCUGGAUAACCUAUUACAGGACCAAGUGAUGCAUGAAGAGGAGAUGGACAAAGUGAGAUAUGAAACUGUUACAGUCAUGGAUAAGGCUCGAGCCUUGAUUGACCUUGUUAUUCGGAAAGGGUGUGGGGCCUGUAAGAAAUUUAUCAAACAUCUCCAUGAAGAAGACCCUGAACUUGCACAGAAGAUGAAACUGCACUUGGAUAAGAUCCAAUGA